GAUCGUCUCUCAUUAAUCAUUGAUAAUGCUUAUUGUAAUAGCGGGUCAAGUUGAGACGUUGUACCCGAGACCCAUCCGGAACCUAUAUACCGGUCUAAAUUAGCAAAAUCACUUGCAGACUCCCGUUCUCCACAUAGCUUCCAUCCGAAGAAGGCGAUGAUUGGGCAGAGUGUUACACGAGACAAUAACAUCUCUUGAACGCCGCGUUUCGAUCGCAACCACCUGGUAGCCAUGGGGGCCUCAGAGUCCACACUCUCAAGCUCACAGAGGCUGGCCGACGAAAUCUCCACCGUGUCCGAGCAAUCGGAGGUCGCAGAUCCCAUCUUAGAGACGCUCAAAUCCCUCAAAAUAACAACACCAAUACUGACGGCACCACCAGCGGAGAGUAGCUUGACUGACAUAUUGGUGAGGAAACCUCCGUCUUCUUCGGUUCCAGCUACCGUGAAUCCGAAGGUGCUGCUGGAGCUCUUCUCUAUGUACCGUGAUUGGCAGGAGGCGAAGGCUCAAAUGAUUAGCAAAAAACAGGAAGAGAUAGAAAACAAGAUAGAAGUUGCAGAUGCUUUGGCAGUUAAACUUCGACAACGGUUUAAUUACUCGGUGUCGGCAAUGAAGUCAACUUCACAACAUUUAUCAGGAGUUCAUGCAUUGCAGGUGGAGAUUGGAGAGCUUAAAGGAAGGUUAACGGAGGUUAUUAGUAACUGUGAUGCAUUGUGCAAGAGAAUCGCUUCUGAGGGGCCAGAACCUCUUCGGUCAUCUAUCAAGCCAUUUGCAAUUGCCACUGCCGACUCAGAAAUCAGCCCUGGUUCUUCUUCUUUGCCAAAAGAUCUAAACAAAACUCCUCCAUCUACAGAAGCUAAGUUGGAUUCAUAGAUAUUUUUGUUCUCGUGUAUACUGUAUAGUCAGAAGAUUUUCAUUGAUUGAGAUUGAUGUUAAUCCUCAGUAGCUAACCAGAACAGCUUUAUCACACAUAUGUCUGAGUCUGACUGAUAUUUGGACGACCCAUGUUUAAAAUUGAAUCAAUGAAGAUUUUCAUCA